CUGGAGACCAUGCAUCUGCAUAUGCUCAAGGAGCAAGGUGCGCACGCCUGCACCCAGCACACGCUGUCGGAGGAUGCUGUCAGCGAGCCGCAGGGGAGGCUAAACUACAAGAGGGCGAGGGCCAGCAUCAAGGUGCAAGAAAGACGUAUUGGCUCGAUAUACGACCUGUGUGAUGAUGGUCUGAACUAUAAGACCGAGAAGCAGCGUGCUUCACGACAUCUGAUGUUGCGCCAGGCGUCUGACGAGUCCGUGGGACCUGCUGCCAUGGCGCGUCAAAUGAACGACCGGAACAGCGACGGGUCCGCGUCGCGGCCAUCGAACGAGAGGAACCACGGAGAAGUUCGUGUGGUGCGCACGCAGGGCGAGGAGACGUUGCCCAAUAAUGUCCGCCGAGAGAGGCAAGCGUCCUUUGUGUCGAGGACAACGUCCUUUGCGUCCAGCGUCCCGCGGGUGGGGAAUGCGGACAGCGACAGCGAUGGCGAGCUCAAGAAGGAGAAGCGCGCCGCGGACAUCCUGGUGCGGCAGAUCCGCAGAGCGAGCACUAUGCACGACGAGAUUUUUGGCGAUCCGGAGAUUGAGUCGGUCAGCAGGUCGGGAAAUUUAGGUACAGGGUCCGUAGAUCGAGGUCUGUUUCGAGGAAGCAUGAUGGGCAGCUUCUUCCAAGGGGGGACGACGGGCAUCAGAUCAUCCAUGCGCAAGGGCGUCACGAAGGGGCUAAGUGUGCUCGCGCCCAGCUUCUGGCACAAGGUGGCGAAUCGCAGUGAGACGGCCGAGACGGUGUGGACUUUCUUCGAGGAGCCGGAGACAACUUGGGUGGCAACGGUGUACCAGAAUGUGGCGUGUGUUUUCAUACUCCUUACCUGUCUGAUCCCCGUGCUGCAAACCCUCCCCGAGAAGCCUCUCUCGAACGAGGCCUACUUCUGGAUAUCCACCGUCACCGAUGCUCUGUUUAUGGUCGAGCUGUGCGUGAGGUUUGCUGUGUGCCCAAGUUCCAAGAAUUUCUUCCUCGGCUUCUACAAUCUCCUCGAUAUCGCCAUCAUUGGGCCAUUCAUCCUCCGGUGCGUUGUCUACAAGUCAAUACAAGACGACGACGGUGGUGACAUUACCACUGGAGAAGAUAUUUUGCUGUGCGUUGUUCCAGUCAUGCGAAUGAUCAAAGCUCUUCGCAGCAUACCGAAUUUCGUUUUGCUCUGGCACACGCUCAAAGUCGCAACUCCCUCCAUGGCAGUACCUAUGUAUAUGCUCUCUCUGACGAUCGUGAUUUUCUCAAGUGCUUUUUACGUUAUAGAGCCGCGCACCAACAUUAUAUCGAUGCCCCAUGCAAUGUGGUUUGUCGUUGUUACAAUCUCGACGGUUGGUUACGGAGACCUGUACCCAGUUACCGACCUGGGGCGGUUAUGCACCUCGGUUCUGAUCUUCUGUGGGUUGCUCUUUAUGGCGAUGCCCAUUGCGAUUGUCGGCGGGGCAUUCCUUGAGACGUGGAAGAAUCGCGUCCGCAUCCUAGCAAUCGGAAGGAUACACCGACGCUUGAGCCAGUGGGGCUACACAGAGGACGAUUUGAAGAUUCUGUUCAAGACGUUCGACGCUGACUUCAACAAUUUGCUGGACUUCCGCGAGUUCUCGAAGAUGGUUGAGACUAUGAGGUUAGGUCUCAGUGAAGAGAAUGUCGUUAGAUUGUUCAGUGUGUUUGAUGUAGACGGGGACGAUGCUCUCGACAUGGACGAGUUCGUUGGCGGGAUUGGCCUGAACAAGCCUGGACAGAUGUUCAUCAUCUUCUGA